CUUUUGGUGUAUGAUUUUUUUUUUUUUGACAAACUGCCAAAAUCCAUCACACUCUUGCUCUAGGCGCCAUAGAAAUACGUUCCGUUUAUCCCAUUGCACAAAUCGCAAUCCUCCUUCCCAAUUGCGAAAUCAAAUUCUCUGCUUCACCGCUAUAAUAUUAAUGGCAGGCUUAUCUCUUGCUGACGGAAAGCUGAGCGUCAGCGGAUAUUGCAUUCUCAGCGACGUUGCUGAAAAUAUUUUCCUAACUCCCGCAGAAAAUGAGCAGACCACUUUCCUUGGUGUCAACUCCGAACACCGCGGCAGCCGCCUCGUCUUUCCGGUCGGCAAAAUCAAGGGAUUGAGAAUUCUAUGCCUCUACCGCUUCAAGUUGUGGUGGAUGACUCAGUGGAUGGGGACACGUGGCCAGGAUAUACCGUGUGAGACUCAGUUUUUGCUGGUGGAGCUACCUCAAGAGCAAUCGAAUUCAGUUUAUUACGCUGUUUUUCUGCCGAUUAUCGAAGGGGAUUUCAGAGCUGUGCUUCAGGGAAAUGCGCAUGAUGAGCUGGAGAUCUGCUUGGAAAGUGAAUUGCCGUUUGCAGGUGAUCCUUCUGUGCGACAAUUUGAAGGGAGGCAUUUGGUUUAUGUGGCGGCUGGGACCGACCCAUAUAGCGUAAUCGAAAAUUCAGUCAAGUCCUUGCAAACUAAGCUCCAGACAUUCCGCCAUCGUAGUGAAAAAGAGAUGCCUGAUUUUCUGAACUGGUUUGGAUGGUGCACGUGGGAUGCUUUUUAUACUGAUGUGACUGCUGAGGGAGUUAAGGAAGGAAUAAGAAGCUUGAUUAAAGGUGGAACACCACCAAAGUUUGUCAUCAUUGAUGAUGGAUGGCAAUCAGUUGGCAUGGACCCCAGUAGUACAGAAGCCAAAUUUGACGACACUGCCAAUUUUUCAAAUCGGUUAACUAGUAUCAAAGAGAACCACAAGUUCCAAAGGGGCAGUGAGGGGGAUGACACUGCAGAUACAAGCACUGGAUUUAGUCAAUUUGUUGCUCAGAUGAAAGACCAAUUCGCUCUCAAGUAUGUUUACAUCUGGCAUGCGAUAGUAGGUUACUGGGGUGGAGUAAGCCCUGAUGUUGCUGGAAUGGCUCAGUAUGACCCGAAAAUAGUAGCUGCUAUUCCAUCACCUGGUGUGGAGUCCAAUGGCAUUUGUUUCGUGUUGAAGAGUAUCAUGAUGAACAGUGUUGGCCUUGUGAACCCGGAUAGAAUCUAUUCCUUGUACAAUGAUCUGCAUGCUUAUCUUGCAUCUAUUGGCAUUGAUGGGGUUAAGGUAGAUAAUCAAAGCAUACUUGAGACUCUUGGACUGGGGUAUGGUGGAAGAGUGAGGCUUGCAAGAAAAUACCAUGAAGCAUUGGAGGCAUCCGUGUCUAAAAACUUUAAGAAUAAUGGAAUCAUUUCUUGCAUGAGCCACAGCACUGAUGCAUUAUACAAUGCCAAGAAAGCUGCCACAGUCAGAGCAUCAGAUGAUUUCUUUCCAAGAGAUCCAGCAUCCCACACAAUUCAUAUAGCAUCAGUUGCAUACAACAGUGUUUUCCUUGGAGAGUUUAUGCAGCCUGAUUGGGAUAUGUUUCAUAGCUUGCAUCCUAUGGCCGAAUACCAUGGAGCUGCUCGUGCUGUAGGAGGCUGCACUGUCUAUGUCAGUGAUAAACCUGGAAACCAUGACUUUGAUGUUUUAAAGAAGCUUGUACUUCCUGAUGGCUCCACUUUGCGAGCCAAACUUCCAGGUAGACCAACAAGAGACUGCUUGUUUUCCGAUCCUACUAGAGAUGGAAAAAGUCUUCUUAAAAUCUGGAAUAUGAAUGAUUUCAAUGGAGUACUUGGGGUUUUCAAUUGUCAAGGAGCUUCGUGGUGUCGUACUAGUAUAAAAAAUCUGAUCCACGAUCAACAGCCUCAAACAAUUUUUAGCACCAUCCAACCAACAGAUGUUGAAUAUCUGCAGAGCACUGCUCAGAGCGGAUGGAAUGGAGAUUGCAUUAUGUAUUCCCACAGAGGUGGAAAACUCAUCAAUGUUGGGGCCAAUACAUCUCAUCCAAUUGAACUGAAAGCUCGUGAGUUUGAAGUAUACACAGUUGCUGCAGUGAGGCAACUGUCAAAUGGUGCUGCAUUUGCUCCAAUAGGUCUCAUCAAAAUGUUCAAUUCAGGUGGAGCAAUAAAACAAGUCGACUACGAGUCCAAGGAAGCUGGACGCGUGGAGCUUAGCGUUCGUGGAUGUGGCACGUUGGGAGCCUAUUCGUCCGUUAGGCCGAAAAUGAUUAUAAGGGAUAGCGUGGAGGAGCAGGAAUUUGAUUAUGAUCACAAGUCGGGACUCCUCACUCUCAAUUUACCACUUCCAGAUACAGAGUUAUACGAGUGGAACGUAGCACUUCAUCUUUGAAUAUUUGGUAAUGUUGUUGUUGCUUCAAAUAAUAUUUUGAUUGUUUAGGAUUCUGCCUCUUCCCUUCCUCCAAAGACCGUACACUAUACUGUAUUUUACGGAUUUGAAAAAUGGAUCUGUCGUGAUUCUGAAUCCA